AUGGCUUCCGCAUCCGUGCAGCGCAUGACAGCGCUUGCCGAGCAGAUACAAGAAAAGACUAAAAUUAUUACCGAUUUUCUUACAUCCAAGGGUCUUGACGCUGCGUCAUUUGACGUGAAUGGUCUUGCUGAGUUUCCCAUUUCCGCUGAAGACGAGGUGCCGCACAAGGCGAGACAAGACCUCAUCGGUUUGACUCAGGAACUGCAUAAUAUUUCUGUCGGUCCAAAAGAGAGUUUACGAUAUCUGGCAUGGGAUUGCGUCAACAACCUUUCGCUGCAAGCAAUGUGGGAAUUCAAGGUCGCCGAAGCAGUUCCUCUGGACGGCAUGAUUUCAUACGAGGACCUGACAGCAAAAGUGGUGCAGCUCAAUAAUGUCAACAUGUCUACUCUGAACCUUCGUCGGCUUAUCCGGCAUGUCAUUACGAACAACGUCUUUGUAGAGCCACAGAGGGGAUUUGUAGCUCACAACCGCACAUCUCGCUUGUUGCUUGAGGAUGUGCCCUUGAACAACUGGGUGGGCUUCAUGUCCAACGACUUGUGGUUGCCGGUUGCCCACGUUGUGAAAGCUAUGAAGAAAUGGCCGGGCAGUGAGGAACCAACAGAGACAGGCGUCAACUUGGCAUACAACCAAGACAAGGCAUGGUUUGAUUUCCUGCAACAGGACGAAGUAUUUGCCAGGCGAUAUAACCGUGCCAUGGAAGCGCAUGGCGGCGGGGAAGGCUAUUCCCUUCAGUCUGUUGUUGACGGCUAUCCAUGGGGUGAAUUGAAGGAUGGAGGGAAUGUGGUGGAUAUGGGAGGGAAUCAAGGAUAUGUUUCUUUUGCAAUUGCUGAAGCGUUUCCAAAGCUGAAUUUCGUCGUUCAAGACACGGCAGGCAUGCGUGCUCCCGAAACCAUCGGUACCGUUCCGAGUGAAUUGAAAGAUCGAGUCCAGCUCACAGAACACGACUUUUUCGCGCCGCAGCCCGUCGUCGCAGAGGCAUACUUCUUCCGGAUGAUCUUUCAUGGGUUCUCUGACAAGUACGCCAUACAGAUUCUGCAGGCGCUCAUACCAGCUCUACGACCUGGCGCAAGAAUCAUUGUGAAUGACGGGGCCUUGCCGGAACCGGGGACAGUAGGCUACAUGGACGAAAGGACCAUGCGUACACUCGAUCUGUUUAUGCAGGUUACGGUGAAUGCGCAUGAGCGUGAACCAGAUGAUUGGAGGGAGUUGUUUAGACGGGCGGAUGAACGAUAUACAGUGAAGAAGGUGUGGAGGCCGGAGAAGUCUAGGAUGUGGUUUGUCGAUGCUGUUUGGAUGGCGGAGGGAUGA